AUGCCUGGAGAGAAGAAUGAGCUCAAGCACCUGCGGUGUGAUGGAGCAUCUUCAGAAAUCCCAAGUGAAGUACCCAAGAAGCUGAAGAGAACCAUGCACCAAAGUUGCCGUCCAGAUGUACAGAAAGCAGCCCUGGUGGUACAGAAUCAUCUGGUAAAAGAACUUCAACUCUCAGACUGGUUUAAUCCUAGAAAACGUCUUGAUGUUACAACAACAACUAAUUGGCAUGCUCCCAUCAUCUGGGAAGGAACAUUCAAUAGACAAGUCCUGGACAACUAUUACCAAAAGCAGAACAUCACUGUGGGCUUGGCUGUGUUUGCUUCAGGCAGGUUUGCAGAUGAAUACCUGGAACUGUUUAUGCUAUCUGCUGACAAACACUUCAUGGUUGGCUACAAGGUUAUCUUUUACAUCAUGAUGGAUGCCUUGUUUCUUCUCCCUGACAUAAAGCUAGGUCCUCUUCGAACGGUGAAAGUGAUUAAAAUAAACAGCCAAGACUGGCGGCAGGACCCUAACCUCCUGCGCAUGAGGAACUUGGGGGAACUCAUCCUGUGGCACAUCCAGAAGGAGGUUGACUUCCUAUUCAGCAUGGACGUCAACCAGAUCUUCCACAACGACUUUGGGGUGGAGACCCUGGGCAAGUCUGUGGCUCAGCUGCACGCAUGGUGGUACUUUCAAAACACUAGGAAUUUCCCCUAUGAGAGAAGGCCUCAGUCCGCGGCCUGCAUCCCGUUCGGACAAGGAGACUUCUAUUACCACAGUGCAAUUGUGGGUGGCACACCCCAGGAAAUUUUAAACCUCAUUGACAUUUGUCUGAAGGGUGUUAUUGAUGACAAUGAUAAUAGACUUAACACCACCUUUGAAAACCACCUGAACAAAUAUUUUUUCCUUUAUAAGCCCACCAAGCUGCUGUCUCCAGAAUACAACUGGGACCUCAGAUUUCGUCUCCCUCUACAGAUUAGAUUCGUUAAGGUGGCAUGGCUAUCAGAAAAUGACUGA